UGGGGCGAUGCCAGUGAGAGGACUUGUGCAUGGAAACAGGCUCUGCUUCCUCUUUCUGGUUCUGUUUCCUCUCGACAGCCGACAGCCGACAGCCGCAGAGGCUCACAGCCGUCUGGAGGCUCCCUGAGGAGUAGUCCUGUCCUGCCACAGAGGUCCAAGGGAGGAAUGGUUGCUGCUGGAUGGAAAAAAAGCUGGUGGCGUAGGACACCAGCCGUCCCGACUUGGCCGCAACAGGAAACUUCUGGGCAGUGAGGGUGCCCCUCUGUCCAUAGCCAGGGCCCACCAGCCACCCACCUGCAGGUCCAGAGCCCACCAGGAGAUGGCGCCCUGCCCAGGACUGCUCCUCAUGGCCCUGCUGCUUCUGUGCAGGGGGCCCAGGGUGGAAGGCUCAGAGGACACCGUCCCGCUGCAGACCCUGCGCUGCUACAAUGACUACACCAGCCGCAUCGUGUGCAGCUGGGCGGCGGAGGCGGCCGCCGAGCAGCUCAUCAACGUGACCCUCCAUCACCGGCUAAAUGCGAACCAGUCCCAGCCGGUGUCCUGUGAGCUCACUAAGGACAUGCCCUGGUCACGCUGCCCGGCUCCUCACUGUGUGCCCAGAAGGUGUGUCAUUCCCCACAGGGGGUUCAAUGCGCUGGGCACCGUUUUCUCAUUCCUGCCAGACCGGCCUCUCAAUGACCAGCUCAUGGUGACGCUGCCUCGGCAUGUGCAGCCACCUCCGCCCCAGGACGUCCAGAUCAACACCUCUGGGGACCAAGUCUUGCUGACCUGGAGUGUGGCCCUUGAGGGUCCCCACACGUCCUGGCUGUCGCAGAGGGACCUGGAGUUUGAAGUGGUCUACAAAAGGCUUCACGAGCCCUGGGAGAGUGCCAGCACCCUGCACUCCAACUCCUCCCAGGCGGCCCUGGGGCCCGAGCUCUUCCUGCCUAGCAGCACCUACGUGGCCCGAGUGCGGACCCGGCUGGCCCGGGGCUCCAGCUUCUCAGGAAGGCCCAGCCAGUGGAGCCCCGAGGUGAGCUGGAGCUCGCAGCCAGGGGACCAGGCCCAGCCCCAGAACCUGCAGUGCGUCUUCGAUGGGGCCCACACGCUCAGCUGCUCCUGGGAGGUGAGGUCGCAGGUGACCAGCUCGGUCUCCUUUGGCCUCUUCUACAGAUCCAGCCCGGAUGCAGGGGAGCAGGAAUGUCCCCAGGUGCAGAAGGAGGAGCUCAGUGACAUCUACACCCACCAUUCCUGCCAGAUCCGAGUGUCCAGCUCCGAGCCUCACAGCCAGUACACUGUGACUGUGCGUCCGCGGAAUGGGGAGAAAUUCAUAAAGAGCUCAAACCACAUCCAGAUGGAGCCCCCAACUCUCAAUGUGACCAAGGAGGGAGAGGGCUACAGCCUGCAAUGGGAAGAAAUCAAUAAAAUCCAAAAAGGUCUCGAGUUUGAGGUCCAGUACCGGAAAGACACGGCCUCGUGGGAGAACAGCAAGACUCAGACACGGAAGAACGCCCACAGCAUGCCCCUGCCACCCCUGGAACCCGCUACCACCUAUCUGGCCAGGGUGAGGGUCAGACCCAUCCCCAAAGAUUCCAUCAAUGGGAUCUGGAGCGAGUGGAGUGAGGAGCAGCGCUGGACCACGGACUGGGCGCUGCCCACCUGGGUGCUGGCCCUCGUCCUGGUCUUGGUCACCCUGGCCCUGCUGCUGGCCCUGCGCUUCUGUGGCCUCUACGGGUACAGGCUGAACAGGAUGAAAGAGAAAAUCCCCAACCCCAGCAAGAGCCACCUCUUCAAGAAUGGAAUCGCUGGACUCCAGCUGCCAGACAGCAGGAUGGCCUUCAUUAGCAGGAGCGCUCCUUCCUGGAGCAUCAGAGGCAGUCUCGUCCUUGAAUGGGAGAGGGUGUGCACUGCAGAUUCCCGGGACAGUGAGGUGUCACCUCUUACCACAGAGGACCCCAAAGUUGUCUGUGAUCCUCCAUCAGAGCCUUGUCCUACUCUGGCCGCCUCAGACCUGACCCAAGAGCAGCCCCCAGAGCAGCCAGGCCCAUCAGCCCCCCAAGGCCGGCCUGGGAACAAGCUGGCCACCUUUGACUUCAACGGCCCCUACCUGGGGCCGCCCCACAGCUGUUCCCUGCCUGACCUCGAAGGCCAGCAAGGGCCCAAGCCAGCACUGCCAGUCCUGGAGUACCUAUGCCUGCCCCCCGGGGGACGGGUGCAGCUGGUCCCCCUGGCCCAGGCCACAGGCCAGGCCCAGCCUGCCCCUGGGGAGUGUCUGUCUGGACCUGUCACCCAGGGCAGCCCCUACCUGGAAGCUGGGGGUGACCCUGCCCCUCCUGCAUCUGACCCUGGAAGCCAGGGACAGGGCUCAAAGGAUGGCCCAGGGGACAGCCCAGUCAUUCUUCCCACAAGAUCUGGCCCUGAGCACCCUGCUGUUGCCUCUGAUUAUGUCACCACUGCAGACCUGGCGCUCACCUUGUCCACAGAGGCUUCCUCUGUCCCCCUGGCUCCCUUUCCAGGUCUCUGCCCAGGGCUGUCUGAUGAGACCCCUGCAGCCCCCACACCUGGGAAGCCAGGCUUUGAGGGCUACGUGGAGCUCCCUGCAAGCAUGGAGCCAUUGCCCAAGUCCUUUCUGGGCAGUCCUGUCCCUCCUGCAUCCAGCAGCCCUGUUCUGAGCCCAGGGACUCCCCGGGGUGAUGUGUCCCCGUUAUCUCCAGCCCCUGAGGGGCUGCUUGUCCUGCAGCAGGUGGGGGACUCCUGAAUCCCCUCCAGCACGAGCCUGCCAGCUCCCUCUCUGGCUAUGCCCUCUGCCCCAGGAAGGGGAAGCUCAGACUAACACCUCUCAGCUAAGCGGCCCCUUAGCUGUCUCAGGGGUCAGGUAUAUCCUUCUUCUGAGUGAUGAAGCCAUUGUGGGCUCCGUCACCGCUCUUUGAAAUGAUGACAAGCCGGGGAAAUUUGGCUGCCAUUCUGCCUGAGCCAGGGCUCAGGUCCAACCCUGGCUUCUUCUCUAGAGUUUUCUGUGAGUCCACAGGGCAUCGUGGCCACGAGCAAUGGUUCUUAUGCUUUACCACACAUCAGAGGCGACCUCAGGUUGGCAGAGGUUCCUGGUUCGUGUGUCUCCCAGGAGUCUCAGCCAACAGAUUGGCUGGUGCUAUGCUCUGGGCCACCCUUUUGAGAGUCCCUAGAGUUUCCAUACUGGAACAGGUAAAACUGUUGGAUCGUGGCUCACAGGAGCCUGGUGACAGAGGACUGCCUUAGGACAGUGACACCAUUCUGUUAUGGCAUUAUUGAUAAAGCUGGGUAUGUGUCAUUAUUUAUUUGUUAAAAUCCAUCCAUCCUACCACACCAAGAGUGCUCAGUGCUGUCACCUGUGGAUUCUGGGUGACAAUGAUGUGGUACUGUGUUUCUCAGUUGUCACAGAUGUUCAGGUCCCUGCAGACAGCAUGUGUUCCAAUCCUAAUCACACCACGAGGAGGCCCGAGUGGACUCCGCCCUCAUGACUGGGGCUGGUGCCCUAUCUCGGACACCUCACAGUGAUCCUCAUCCAUUCUGCUGUGUGAGGACAGAGGGAGGGGGCCCCCUGUCUCCCAGACACUGGAUCUGAUGGCACUUUGGCUCCCCAACCUCAGGAACUAUGGGAAAUAAAUGUUCUGUGUGAGUACCCAA